AUGGGCACGUUUUUUAUAAAGAUGGACAAAACAAACAUUUCUAAGUUCCACGUAAAAAACGUUUACGAUCCUUUGAAGGAUCUUACUCAAAUUGAUUAUCCGAAUGUAGUUCCUGACAAAAUGACUAGCCAACCAAAGGUUAAAGUGCCAGAUUCGGAUAGAUCAUACAAGAACUAUCACGACUUUAGCAAAGAGACGUUUAUAGAUCGUAUGCUUGAAAAUCUUCAAGAUUGUGGGUUGCUGGCCAAA